AUGAGCUACCCACUAACCCUGGACAUGGACUUCAUCACCUAUAACAUGGGGGACCUGGAAUUUGCCUUCUACGGUAAUAGCACGGAGAUCCCCUUCCAGGACGGUCAGUUCUGCUCCACAGUGGAGGGGCCCCUGCUGGCCUCCUUCAAGGCGGUGUUCAUGCCGGUGGUCUACAGCCUCAUCUUCCUCCUGGGCAUGAUGGGAAACAUCCUGGUGCUCGUGAUCCUGGAGAGGCACCGGCACACUCGGAGCUCGACCGAGACCUUCCUGUUCCACCUCGCAGUGGCCGACCUCCUCUUAGUCUUCAUCCUGCCAUUUGCAGUGGCCGAGGGCUCUGUGGGCUGGGUCUUAGGGACCUUCCUUUGCAAAGCCGUGAUCGCUCUGCACAAGAUCAAUUUCUACUGCAGCAGCCUGCUGUUGGCCUGCAUCGCCAUAGACCGUUACCUCGCCAUCGUCCACGCCGUCCACGCCUACCGCCGCCGUCGCCUCCUCUCCAUCCACAUCACCUGCACAACCAUUUGGCUGGCUGGCUUCCUGUUUUCCUUACCGGAACUCCUCUUUGCCAAGGUUGGCCAGCCUCAUCACAACGACUCCCUGCCACAGUGCAUCUUCUCCCAAGAAAACGAAGCCGAAACCAGAGCCUGGUUCACCUCCCGAUUCCUCUACCAUUUUGGGGGCUUCCUACUACCCAUGCUUGUGAUGGCCUGGUGUUACGUGGGGGUGGUACACAGGCUAUGCCAGGCCCAGCGGCGCCCUCAGCGGCAGAAGGCAGUCAGGGUGGCCAUCUUAGUGACAAGUAUUUUCUUUCUCUGCUGGUCACCCUACCACAUUGUCAUUUUCCUAGACACGCUGGACAGGCUGAAGGCCAUGAACAGCAGCUGUGAGCUGAGCGGCUAUCUUUCUGUGGCCAUCACCGUAUGUGAAUUCCUGGGCCUGGCCCACUGCUGUCUCAAUCCCAUGCUCUACACCUUUGCCGGAGUAAAGUUCCGAAGUGACCUGUCUCGGCUUCUGACCAAGCUAGGCUGUUCUGGCCCAGCCUCCCUUUGCCAGCUCUUUCCCAACUGGCGCAAGAGCAGUCUCUCCGAGUCAGAGAACGCCACCUCUCUCACCACCUUCUAG